GGGGGCCGUCCAGCGGCUGUCGCUCCCCGCGGUGGGACGGGCCCGGGGCUGCUGAUCCCAGAAGCGGGGCGGGUUUGCCGUCCCCCGAGGGGUGCGUGAGGCUGCCGUGGUCCGGCUGCGGUUUGGGCGAGGAUGGGGGUUUGCUCCGCGGCCCCCCACCGCUGCGUGUGGAGUCGCUGGGACCCGCUGAGAUGGCUGAGGAGCGUCCAGAGGAGGCCCUUGGCGCGGAGCUCUGCCCCGGCGGCGCUGCAGCAGGGGGAGCCGCCGGGGGUGCCCGCCGGGGCGGUUUCCCGGCCGUGGGGCCUGAGGCCUGGGGGCAGGAGAGCGCUCCGCACGGCCCCCCCCGGCCGGCAGGAGGUGAUGCUGACCAGCGAGCGGUACGGGGUGCGGCGCCUGCCCUUCUCCCCUCUGUCCGACAGCGACCUGGCCUUCUUCGAGGGCCUGAUGCCCGGGAGAGUCAUCACAAGCCCGGAGGAGCUGGCGCCGUUUAACGUGGACUGGCUUAGGUCCGUCCGAGGCUGUAGCAAGCUGAUGUUGAAGCCGCAGACGACAGCAGAGGUGUCUCAGGUUCUCAGGUACUGCUAUGAGAGGAACCUGGCAGUGAACCCGCAGGGGGGUAACACAGGCCUUGUUGGAGGCAGCGUUCCUGUCUUUGAUGAGAUCAUUCUCUCCACUGUUCUCAUGAACCGGAUCAUCAGCUUUGACAAGGUGUCUGGAAUCCUUGUGUGCCAAGCUGGCUGCGUCUUAGAGAAACUCAACGAGUACUUGGAGGAGCAGGGGUUUAUCAUGCCACUCGACUUGGGAGCGAAGGGCAGUUGUCACAUCGGUGGCAAUGUGGCCACCAAUGCUGGAGGCUUGCGGCUCUUGCGAUACGGCUCUCUCCGAGGGACAGUGCUGGGACUGGAAGUGGUGCUGGCUGAUGGCUCAGCUCUGGACUGCUUGGCGUCUCUGCGCAAAGAUAACACUGGCUAUGACUUGAAGCAGCUUUUCAUCGGAUCCGAGGGGACCUUGGGAGUUAUCACUGCUGUCUCCAUACUGUGUCCUCAGAAACCCAAGUCUGUGAAUCUGGCGUUCCUAGGGUGUCAGAGUUUUGCUAAGGUUCUGGAAACAUUUACAACCUGCCGAGCCAUGCUGGGGGAGAUCCUAUCUGCCUAUGAGUUCAUGGACGAGAAGUGCAUGGAAUUGGUUGAGAAACAUCUCAAGCUGUCCAGCCCAGUGGCAGGCAGCCCUUUUUAUGUUUUAAUUGAAACUUCAGGCUCCAGCUCGACCCACGAUGAAGAAAAAUUGAACAACUUCCUGGAACAGGCCAUGACUUCUGGUUCGGUCACUGAUGGAACUGUGGCAACGGAUGAUAAGAAAAUAAAGACGCUGUGGAGCCUGCGGGAGAGGAUCACAGAGGCCCUCACUCACGAUGGCUAUGUCUACAAAUACGACAUCUCUCUGCCUGUGGGAAAGCUGUAUGAUCUUGUGAGUGACACCAGGGCUCGGCUGGGGCGGAGUGCCAAAAACGUGGUGGGCUACGGCCACCUGGGAGAUGGAAACUUGCACUUGAACGUCACGGCGGAGUCCUAUAGCCAUUCCCUGCUGGAUGCCAUCGAGCCGUUUGUGUACGAGUGGACUGCAAGACACAAUGGCAGUAUCAGUGCAGAGCACGGACUGGGCUUCAAGAAAAAGCAGUUCAUUCAGUACAGCAAGCCCAGCGAGGCAGUCCUUCUCAUGCAGCGUUUCAAAGCCAUGCUAGACCCCAAAGGGAUCCUCAAUCCCUACAAGAUGCUGCCCUCCAGCUCCUGAGAGCAGCAUGCACUGAGAAGGGAGCAGAUACCGUCACGUGAGGGUGGCAUCUCUGGCUCAGUAACUGCAUUUUAACCAUGAACAAACUGAUGGAUCAAGCAGGCACAUGGAGAGUUCCUUGGUGCAUUUCUGUAGUGUGAUGGAACAAGUAAAGGAACAUGGUUUCUCUUUUCAGUGGUGCCUGCUCUUUCUGAGGAAGAGCACGCUGCUGGGUUUAACCACAUGGGUUUCCUAUGUCCUAUAAAACCAAGUGUGCAGAUA